CGCAGUCUGGUUUUCGAGGCUUGUUUUAAGUUGCCUGCGACUUGUAAUUGUACACAGGCAGCUAAAGCAAGUCUGGGACGCCAGAGACAAACCUGCCAACACACCAUUCGGCUCAUGAUGGAACUUAAUGCGCUGCUCUGUUCUGCAGCGGACAGUCACACAACAUGUUUCUUGGGUGUGCGGAAGAAGAAAAAAAAAACUUGAAAUGAUAUGUUGAAGUUCAGUUGUUUUGACUGAGAGGCAACCAAAAGACCAUGUUAAUAUCACACUAACUGGGAUGUAACAUGUGUAGAAGGUAAUUUCAUGCACUGUCUUUAUGUUUAAUUAGACUAACGUGUAGUCCAAUAAAUAAAAAAAAUUAAAUCAACAAAUAGCUUGAUUCCCAGUUCUUUAAAUAUGUCCAUGUCUGACCUCAGUCAGAUGAUUCAUUACGUAGAUGGCUAAUGAUUAGCAGGCCAUUCACUUUCACUUCAGUCACCAGGGAGGGCUGAGUGCAUGAUAUGAGUCGAGACAGAACUUUACAAUUGGGAUUUUGACACAGAAGAAGUCGACGUUCACGCAAAAUCUGAUUAUUUCCUGCAAGAAAAGCUGUUGUCAUUUAAUUUUAAGAUUUUUAUGUUUUAGAUACUAAUCUAAGAUUGUUUGUGAUGCAUUUACAAUUCAUUUUAUUCAUAUAGAUUACAAUAUCAUUGCAUCAUCACUUGUUCUGUCCAGAAAAAAAUAAAUAUGCAAAACCACACGUGAUCCCAUAGAGAUCACAUAUGUGAUGUCAAGGUGUUUUUUUAUUGUUUUUAUUUCAGGGCAGUUGAUGAAUCAAGCAGAUUUAUUGGCCUUUUUUAAAAAAAAACAUUGAUUAGAUCUCUUUCAAAUGGAUGCAGACUAAGAAACACGGGAUGAGAAAGUAUUGCAAACAGCAAAGGAAUCAAACCAGGGAUGUCCCCCACGUUAUAGAUAUUUGGGAUAUAACCAUUUAUCAUUUCUGACACACUCAUGAAUUAUAGAAACCUUUGUCUCCGUGUUUGUUGCUUUAAACAGCUUUUCAACAAUAUUUUUUUUUUCUCCUUGGAGAUUUCAGGUAAAUGUAACAUUAAUUUUUUUAAUUAAACCUAAUCAAUGUUGGUUCUGGUUCAUUGCUGUUAUGUGUGCGUAACGUCUGCUUUAUUAACACCUGAAUAAAACGUUUGAAAUGUUCUGCGUAUCCAAGUAAACGGGAAAAAUGGUAAAUGUGUGUCCAUUGUUUUAUUUUGAAGCCCUUAAUACCAAGGUAGGUUAAUGAGAAUAUUAACUGCAGAGUGUGUGUAUAGACUAUACAUGGAAAGACAAAGCAAAAAUUGCCCCAUCCAGACUCGUGACGGAGAGAGCCCAGCUUUACGCAGUCCACUGCUCCCAAAAAAAAAAAAAAAAAAAAAAAAAAAGAAAAGAAAAGAAAAAAAAAAUAUGAGUGGACUUGAUAACGUCAGUGAGCAUCAGAGGCCGUGGUUUCAAAGUUACAACCUCAUUAGCCCCGGAUUGAUGCCAUAUAACCUUAAACCCACAAAGAGCAGGUUAGGAAGGAUGAAAUGUUCUUGUUUUCUCGUGCUUACUGAAGCGUGUUUUAAAGGUAAAUAUUCAUUUCCCGGCAUGAAAUAGGUCUUUGCUGUUUGCCUAGAGGUAAAGAGGCGGAAAAGUAAGGAGGAUCUGAACUGGUUUCCAUGUCAAACACUUCAAUUCACCAUAGAAACUCAGAUCUUAACGCGGAAACUUUAUUAAACUGUGAUGGCGGAUUGAUAAGGGCCGAAUUUCUAUCGCCCUCUUUUUAUUGUGGGCACCAGGCGGGCUGACAGAGGUAAAUUGCUCUUUUAAUUAAAGCAAUGCACCAGGGGAAAUUGCUGUCUGAAUAUUGUCUCAGAGAUGGGGGCCAGUGACAGUUGCCUGGAAACUUCAAUCUGUCCCCCCGCCGCAUUUAUUCCAGAUCACAGUUAUGAGAUAAAGUUUAAUAAAAAUCUUUUCCUCCGCCACCAACGAAAUGAAAUCCAACCCUUUCUGAACAAGUGAACACAAUGAGACAGGACUGCGGAGGAAACCUCAUGUUCAACAUGUAUCUCUCAGAUCCAACAGAAAAUCUGUUGAAGGAAAGCAAAGGAACGUCUUGGGGUCCAAUAAAUACAGGCGUACAAAAAGGGAGCGGGCAGAUUCAGCUCUGGCAGUUCCUGUUGGAGCUCCUCUCUGACAGCACCAACAUAUCAUGCAUCGCCUGGGAGGGCACCAACGGAGAGUUCAAGCUCAUCGACCCGGACGAGGUGGCCCGGCGAUGGGGGGAGCGCAAAAGCAAACCCAACAUGAACUACGACAAGCUGAGCCGGGCGCUGCGCUACUACUACGAUAAGAACAUCAUGACCAAAGUGCACGGCAAGAGAUACGCGUACAAGUUUGAUUUUCACGGCUUGGCGCAGGUGUGCCAGCCGUCCACCACCGAGCAGGCCAUCUACAAGUUUCAAGGCAACUUCUCCCCGAUUUCCUUCUCCGGGAUUUCCAAACUGAACCUCGUGGCUCCCGGGGUGGGACCUUCGAGUUUCUCCUACUGGCCCGGCUCUCCUCCGGCGGCUCUGUACCACAGCCACAACCUUCAGCCCCCGGGGCCCUUUGGCACCGUGUCUCCGCCACACAUCAGCUGUGUCAACAACAUCAACAGCCUGAGCAGCAUCAAUAACCACUACAACUGACUCUUAAUGCAUCAUUUAGACAAACUGAAAAACGUGUAGAUACCACAGGUGAUUUAUCAGCGAAAGGCGAGAGAUUACAAAGAAGGACGAAAAUCUAGUUUUGUCUCAAAUUGGCGUUUCCUGCUUAAAAGGUUUGUUUCAACGGCACGAAGCAGUUUUUAAAUUACGAACUGCAAUGGUAGAUACUACGAACGCGUAUUUAAACAAAAAUGAAUUCAGCUCAUCUGAGGCCGCCUGUCAAAUUACGCACAGAAGUUCGCACUUUUACGCGUAAAAUUCUGCAAAUACUUUGAUUAAACUCAAACCAUACACAACCAAGAUAUGGGGUUUCUUCUCAGCUUCAAUUUGUGACGUUUAAUCGCUAAUCAGUAAACGUUUACAAGCGAGAGAGCAGAUUUGGAUAAUAAAAUUAUUACUAUUUCAGAAGACAGCUUAAUGUCAUGCACUGUCUGUUCUUUACCUAUCAGCCUUCACCGGUCAAUUUUCAUUCGCUGUCUAUUAUCCCCCUUCCCGGUUUUGUCCCAACAUACAGACAGGUGCGCUGGCACCAGUACGGGAGAAAAACGUCGAGCCAUUAGUGGUCUACUGGCGCCAGCUUGUGGUUGUGGGACGGAAUAACACUUCUACCAAUAACGUCGUGCAAGAGUCACCUGAAACAAAAUGUUAAUUUAAUCGCUGUUAGGGUUUGAAAUCAAGCGAAACAAAAUAUAUUUCCAUACCUACAUGCAAUAAAAUGAAAACCAGUGCAAAG